UGGUGGUAGAACCAGGCUCCUAAUGAAUGAGUUGGUUUAAUUUACACGUGGCCAGGGGAUCCCAAUGUUAAAGACUUUGUUUCUUAUGUUAUCAUUAAGUAAAAGAAGUGAAAAAAUAUAGUUUGUGUAACAAGUUACAGCCGGCCUGCAACUCGUUCGUACUAAUUGUGACAAACCAAUUGAAAACCGUCGAAAAUCUGGUCAAAUUCUAAUUAUGCACAUCAGAGUACAGUAACUGCAUGUAAUUCCGCUGUGAGGUGGCGUAAUAACUUUUUCCGCGAACCGAUCAUCUUCGCGGCCGCGACCAAAUACACGUGUGUGUGGUGGAAAGCUUCUUUUCUCAUAACAUCUUCGCGAGACACGCGGUUAACAUCACGCCACCGACACCGCAGGCGAUCAGUCUUGCGACGGAGUUUGCCGCAUCCGGACGGAAUCGUCUUCACUAAGCCGCCUACUGGAAGAGCAUCUGGACAUUGUCGCCCACCGACACUUGGAGCUUCUUUUGCUGCCCACUGAAAACUGGCUUGUUCGCAGUGCGUGGAUCCGAGUCCGGUCCUACGGAGAUACCGAUAAUCCGGGUGACAUAACGCACGAUUCCGUAACCUCGAAGCCAUCCUCGCUCGCUUCCGGAGACACAUCGAGAGGAAAAGCCUUCGUCAACCUUCACGACACGGCCGCUAACCGGACACGGUCGCGUAGAUAUUAUCAAUCGAAUCUCGAAGUCAUCGUUUGAACACGUGUGUUAUGUAACGUGGCUGAAGACCGAUAUCAGGAAAGGCCAACCGAAUACCGAUAGCCAAACGGAAGACCUCUGCGAGUGCGUUUUAGUAAGCGAGUGUGUGUGCGUAAGUGUAUGACCGUAAUUCGGACCACAACGGCGUGUCUUCGUUGCCCACAGUGGAAUCCGGUUUCCGACAGUGACCUACUAAACGGCCCGGUACGCAGCUAACGGGGCUUCCUCGCGAGUUUUCCGUACGCCAGCUGGAAAGAAAACGCGCACAGGAGCAAUCUUCCCCGCCGAAGACGAACGGCGCAACGAAGAGAAAACAGAAACGCGAUCGAAACGCAAGAAAGCGUCGAUUUUGGUGUGAUCGCCGUCCGAGCGAAGCAGCAAAAAAAGAAAGUUAAGCUGUCCGCCCGAGGGGGAUAGUCAGCGUGGAGAAAGUUUCCUGCGCCAGUUCAGUGUGUGCCACCGUGCCAGAAAGAUGAGCAGCAGCAACGCAGCAGGCCACUGGCCCGAACGGGUUGGAAUCAGGGGGAUGGAGAUCGUGUUUCCGUCGCAAUUUGUCGAACAGACGGAACUGGAGGCGUUCGACGGUGUGUCGGCGGGCAAGUACACAGUCGGGCUGGGCCAGCAGCGGAUGGGCUUCUGCUCCGACCGGGAGGACAUCAACUCGCUGUGCCUUACGGCCGUGCGGAACCUGCUCGAUCGCCAGGCGGUCCCGCUCCAUCAGAUCGGUCGCCUCGAGGUCGGCACCGAGACGAUCGUGGACAAAUCGAAGAGUGUUAAGUCGGUGCUGAUGCAACUGUUCGAACCGGCCGGCGUCACCGACCUGGAGGGAAUCGACACGACGAACGCGUGCUACGGUGGAACUGCCGCGCUGCUGAACGCGAUCAACUGGAUCGAGUCGUCGAGCUGGGAUGGCCGGCUCGCGUUGGUCGUAUGUGGCGAUAUUGCCGUGUACGCACAAGGGACGGCCCGACCGACCGGAGGAGCCGGUGCUGUGGCCAUGCUGAUCGGACCCAACGCACCACUCUGCUUCGAUCGGGGACUGCGGGCGUCGUACAUGAAGCACGCGUAUGACUUCUACAAACCAGACCUCAGCUCGGAGUAUCCCGUCGUCGACGGGAAGCUCUCGAUCCAGUGCUACCUAAGUGCCCUCGACGCGUGCUACCAGCUGUACGGCAAGAAGUUUGCCCAGCGUCACCCGGACGUCGUCGCUCCCGUCACGCUCGACACGUUCGGCGCGUUCAUUUUCCACAGCCCCUACGGCAAGCUGGUACAGAAAUCACUCGCUCGAGUUGGCUUGAACGAUUUCGUCCUCACGCCCCCCGAACAGCGCGCCAAACUGUUCCCCGGGCAGGCCGAACAGUUCGCCAACGUCCGCCUGGAGGACACCUACUUCGAUCGGGACGUGGAGAAAGCCUUCAUGACGCAGUACGCAGCAGUUUUUGAGGCGAAAACGAAACGCUCGCUUCAUCUGGCGAGUCAGAUCGGCAACAUGUACACACCCUCGGUGUACAGCUGCCUCGUGUCGCUGCUGAUCGGUUCCGACGUGGACGAACUUCUCGGCAAGCGAGUCGGUGUGUUCUCGUACGGUUCCGGGCUUGCCUCGUCGAUGUACUCGAUCAGCAUCACCACCGACCGUGAGCAGCUGGCCGAGUUCAAGCAACAUCUCAACUACGUCCAGCCGCUGCUCGAACGCCGCACCAAGGUCGCACCGGCCGAAUUCACCGAAAUGAUGGCGGUCCGGGAGAAGAACAACCACGCGGCACCGUACGAACCGACCGGCUCGGUAGAGGUACUCUUCCCCGGCACGUACUACCUGAAAUCGGUCGACUCGAUGCACCGGCGAACGUACGAGCGGGUUCCACCAGAGCAACCCUCCUCCUGAGGUGCCCUGCGCCAACGGACGACAACGACUACCACAUCCCCCCUCCCCUUUUAUAACCUAUCACUUCCUUCAUCGAUGGUGCCGCACGCUCCAAGAGCGUGGCACGCUGCCACGGGCGGUUGACAACAGGACGGAAGGCGUCCACGUGGCUUUGCUUUUUUUUACACUGUACCUCACAGUUUGGUAGAUCGUUUACCAGUAGAACAGUAGUGGUUAGUUAGCAUGUUAGGAGAAUAUCCAUGAUGAUUACCCGUUGCGCCCGGGUACCGGGACAUUGGACAGCUUAUCUCUGUUGAUCCGAAUGGAAACCAUUCGGUUUUGCUCUUUUUCCCUGUUUUUUAUCCUCCCCUUCUGCAUGUAUGUCCUUGUUCCCCGAUGUUCUUUUGUUAAUGUUAGUAUUAUUCAUUUGCUUUUUUUUCUAAUUUGUAUUUUUACCUAAUAAAAUCGAAAGACAAAAUGUAUG